AUGGAUAACGUACUCGCGAAGCCAGCAGACCUCUGCUGUCUCAAAGGCGCUUUUCAUUCCGGAGAAGCUACUGGCUCUACGAUCCAGAUUGACGGCAUCGACACUUACGUGGCCAAACCUGAUCCCAACAGGUCUAAUGGAAAUGUUCUUAUUUUCUUUCCUGAUGCAUUCGGGCUGCAUAUCAACAGCUUCCUCAUGAUGGAUGCGUUCGCCGAGUGCGGGUACCUUACUCUCGGUGUCGAUUACUUCCUUGGUGAUCCUGUUACAAAACACUCCUUAACACCGUUAAGUGACCCAAACUUUGACUUUGAGUCAUGGAAGAACAAGCAUCUCAAGGCGUCUGAGGAGGCUGCUGCCAGAUGGGUCAAGGCAGUCAAGACUCAGUAUGGCACAAGUGAUGACGUAAAAUUUGCUUGCGUUGGCUACUGUUGGGGAGCACGAUUCGUUUGCCAGCAACUGUCUGCGGAUGGCAUUUGUAAAGUCGGCGCCAUCGCCCACCCUUCGUUCUUGAAAGAAAGCGAUGUAUUUUACGUCCAAGGCGAUACUGAUAAACUGUUCGAGCCCGCACAGAGAAGCAGGACGAUUGAGAUAUUGACGGAGAACAACAAGCAAUUCAACAUGCAAGUUUUUGCCAAUGUUGGACAUGGUUUUGCUUCGCGAGCCCGGUUGACUGAUCUCUAUGAGAAGUGGGCUAAAGAGGCGAGUUUCAAGAGCUUUGUUGACUGGUUCGAUUUUUGGAUGGAUAAGAAGUAA